AUGGAGGGAGGAGGAGAAGCAGGUUCAGCAAAACCAAACCCCACAGUCGCCCAAGUAUGCGAAGAGUGCAAAGCGAACCCAUCUAAGUACAAAUGUCCUGGUUGCUCCAUACGUUCCUGUAGCCUACCCUGCGUGAAAGCUCACAAGUUUCGCACUGGUUGUACGGGCAAGAGGAACCAAACCAACUUCGUCCCGCUCUCUCAGAUUGACAAUAAUCAGCUCCUUUCUGACUACAAUUUGCUUGAGGAAGUGAAGAGGGUUUCUGAAUCUGCUCAGAGAUUGAGAAAUAAGUUAUGCAGAUAUAAUUAUUAUAGGCUACCCGAUCACCUUAAAAGUCUCAGGGGUGCUGCCUCCAGUCGCAGAACGAAACUCUUGUUUCUACCAAGUGGAAUGUCAAAAAGGGAGAAAAAUCAAACUCGAUAUGACCGAAGGAAGAAAUGCAUCUCCUGGACAAUUGAAUGGCGAUUUCAUUCAACGGAUGUUGUUUUAACUGACCAUGAAGUAAAUGAAAACAUGAAGUUCUGCUCUAUUAUUGAGAACCAUCUAAAACCUGGUCCAUGGAAUCAUCAGCUGAGGCUAUUCUGUGAAGAGCAGCUGGAUUGUCUCAGGCUUUUUAUUCGUAAAUAUCCGAAGGGCGCCAGGUCACCUUUCUGUGAGUUGGACAUAAGAGUUCCAAUAAGGCAGCAGUUAACCAACUUGGUUAUUUUGGAAUAUCCUGUGAUCUAUGUUUUUCUCCCUUCGCACAAACUUAAAACUUAUGGAAGAAAUGAUCCGAGCGCAGGAGGUGUUCCCUUUAAGGAGGAGGAAAUAGAAGAAGACAACAGCUAUCCUAAGGUGUUUGAUCUCAUGAAACAUGAGACUUCAAGUUCCCUGCCUCAUAUCUCCAGUAGAAGCAGGUGUGAGAAAGCACCAGAUGAUUCAUUAACUAGGACUUUGCCUGCAACAGUGGCAACUGACAAUGAUUUGCAUUCCAACUCCAAUGCUAAGGAACAAGGGCUUUUUGAAGACAUGGACUUUGAUUUUGAUCAAGGCUUAAUAGACACGUACUCAAAUCUAAUUGCAGAAAUUAAUCCUGAUGAUUUUCUUGAUUUGGAAGGUGAAUUAACCAAGGAAGAAUUAGAAGAAAGAAAUCUUUCUAGUGUCAGGAAAUUCUUAUUAGCAGAUGACGACAUAGAGGAGGGGGAAAUUUUGGAAUAA